AUGACGGGCUGUGAAACGUCGCGCGAGAAAUCAGGUUAUCAAGAAGAGGGAAGCCCUGCGGGGGGCGCACCGCCAACACCGCAGAAGGGUGCCACCACGCACGACUACACGUACACGACGAACAGCACCCAGCGGGCGGUCUAUGAGCACCUCAAGAAGGUGAAGCCCAUCCCAGAGCUCAAGCAGCCGACCAAGAUUCCAACCUACGCAGAGGCGUCUGUGACGGAAGCGCUGCACCCGCUCAUUGAGAGCCACCAAGUCAUCAUGGUGGCGGGCGCAUUUUUCGGCGAUGAGGGCAAGGGAAAGACAGUCGACGCCGUUGCGCGUCACCCGUCGUGCACAUGUAUUGCACGCGUGAACAGCGGUGAGAACGCCGGUCACACAGUGUACGAUGACGAAGGACGUAAAUUUGUCUUCAACCUCGCUCCAUCAGGGCUGCUCACGGCGGGAAAACGCAACUACGUGGGGCCGGAGUGUGUGAUGGAUCCGAUUAGUUUCAUGGAGAAGGAGAUCAGCCAGCUGCUUGAGGCGAAGGUGUCAUACAAGAACUGCCUGUUCAUCGGCAAUGCAACUGUGGUAACGCCGUACCACAAGCUGCUUGACCUGCUCUGCUCUGCUCCGAAUUCCUCCACGUUGAAGGGUAUGGCACCGAUUCACGCCUCUAAGGUUACAAAGCGUGCCAUUCGGCUGGAUCACAUCUUUAACGACCCGGCUGUGCUUCGAACACGUCUCGCAAAGGAUAUGGAGACAUACUUUGGCCAUCUGAAGGUCAAAGGAUUGUCUGAUGCAGAUGUGGUGCGACGCUGUGAAGAGGAAAACAGUGAUGGCGUGCAACGUGUGCCACCACAUGUUGUUGAAUUUGCGCGAGCGGCCGAUAAGGUGGAAUACCUCGUGCAGCUGUACACGGAGCGUGUGAAGAAGAACACGGCUUUCCCGACGCGGUGCGAUGUGGCACACGAGCUGCGCUCUGCACUGGCACGUGGCGAAAAGGUGCUGCUUGAAGGUCCACAGUCAUACUGGUUGAGUAACGCGCGUGAGAAAUUCUGGGAAGGUACCACUUCUGCUGACACAACAGCGAGCGGCUUGCUGGCGACGGCACAGUUCAACUUUCAGUUGUAUAAAUCGCUGGUGAUCAACGUACACAAGGCGCCUGGCAGCAGUCGUGUUGGCAUCGGAGCAAAUCCGAGCAGUUUCAUCCCACAGGAUUUCUUCUCGGCGCAGAAUAUCAAGACACUGAAGGACCUCCCAGAGAACAUGUGCGUUGACUUUGACAGUAUUCAGCGGCUUUUCUUCACCAAGGCGUUCCACGCGGGCACAAAGGAGUUCAACGGUGUAUGGGAGCCAUUGGAGUAUGAAGACGCAAGCGGUAAGUAUAACAUUGGCGUUGCUAUGGCAAUUGCCUCAUCGCGUCACCACAACGAGUGUGGCGCGGUGACAAAGAAGCCACGCAUCUGUGGUUUCUUCGACUGUGUGCUGCACUUCGAAGUGAACUCGGUGCAGGGGCCCUACCUUUCCAUCUCUGCACUUGACCGCGGUGACGACUACGACAAGAUCGGCAUCACCAUCGCUUACAUAUACUACAGCAAGGACAACAAGGUGUUCGACAUAAACGGGCGGGAGUACAAGAACGGUGACAUCAUCAAGGCCGGUGAGGCGGUGCCGGGUGAGGCGGCCCUGCGCUACUGCUACCCCAUCGUGAAGCUCAUCGACGGCUGGAAGAGCACCCCCAUCGCUGCCGAAGUGCGCAAGCCGGGAGAGCCGUUACCGAAGGGUGUCUGCGAGUUCAUUGCCACCGUUGAACAUUUCACGCAGGCGAAGGUGCUCUCUAUUGGAAAUGGUGCAAAGGGGAAGGACAUUAUAUAUAUCAAACAUUGA